AUGGUUGAUGCAAUUGUAUCCACGGCAAUUGAAAAGCUUAGUGAUUUUCUUACCCAAGAAAUCAACAUCAGGAUAGGAGUAAAAGAUGGUGUGCACUGGCUAAAAGAUGAAUUAGUCUACCUCCAAUCUUCCGCAAGAUAUGCAGAAUCAAGGCAACACGAGGAACUGAUCCGCAUCUGGAUAAAUAACGUCAAUGAAGUUGCGCAGGAGGCUGUGAUCAUCCUGGAGAGGUUUAGCGACCACCAAAAGAAGCAUUCAGCUCCUAGGCAAGGUGUUCUGGAUUGUCUGCGGAGCUCUAUUUGCAUAUGCACGAAAGAAGUAGAGCUUUAUGAUAUCGGCAAGGAGAUCGAGUCGGUCAAGGGAAGAGUGAAUGAGAUCAAGAACAGGCGAGCAGAGUAUGGUAUUGGGAAUAUCUUAGACACUGCGAAUGUGCAACAAAGAAAGAGAGCUUUGCUGAGAGCAACUGCUGUUGAAAACAAGGUUGAUGUGGUUGGUUUUGAGGAUGAUGUUCGGAUUUUGUUGGCUGAACUUACUGAGGAUCCUGCGCUGAAGUAUGUUUCCAUUCAUGGAAUGGGGGGUUUGGGCAAGACCACACUUGCCGGUAAAUUGUAUCACAGUAGUGAGUUGAGCCAUCUUAAGAGUCGUGCUUGGGUUUGUGUUUCGGAGGAUUAUAAAACUGAAGAUGUUCUGAGGAAGAUAAUAAAGUCUUUCAUGAAGCAGAAACUGGACGGUGAAUUGGCUUAUUUGGAUAAAAUGGAUGAAGCAGACUUGUUGCAGCACCUGCUAAAUUUGCUGCAAGAGAGAGAUGGGUUUUUGGCCGUGAUUGAUGAUAUAUGGGAUAUCAAAGUCUGGAAAAAGAUUAAAAGUGCGUUUCCGGACAAAAGGGACGGCAGUGGUGUUAUUAUAACCACGCGAUAUAAGAAAGUUGCUGAGAGAGUAGAUGACAGAUGUGUUGUCCACAAACUCCGUUUUCUGAAUGAAGAAGAGAGCUGGCAGUUGUUAUGCAAGACGGCGAAACAAACACCAAAUCUGGACAAAUUAGGAAGGGAAAUGGUGAGUAGAUGUCGAGGUUUACCACUGGCAAUCGUGGCACUUGGUGGGCUGUUAUUCCACAAGAAGAGCUACCAGGAUUGGUCAAAGGUGAAGAAUGAUCUUUGGAGACAGUUGAAGGGCGAGUCAGCGGAGAUUGAUGAGAUACUAAGCUUGAGCUACAAUGAGUUGUCUCCACAGAUGAGAGAUUGUUUUUUGUACCUUGCAAGGUUCCCAGAAGACUAUACUUUUGGUGUUGAAAAGUUAAAACUGUUAUGGAUUGCAGAGGAAUUCAUAACUGACAAAGGAGAUGGGCUGGUGAUGGAGGAUGUGGCUGAGGAAUAUGUGAAUGAAUUAAUUAAUCGCAAUAUGAUUCUCAUAGCAACAUUUAAAUUUGAUGGACAAGUUGCCAAGUGCCAGGUACAUGAUGUUGUACGUGAUCUUGCUAUACAAAAGGCCUCUGCGGACAAGUUUUUGGGAGUUUUUGACUCUAGUAAAAAGCAUCCAAAUCCCAUUCGUGGACACAGAAGGCAGGCAAUUUACAAUGGAACCGGUGAUUAUUUAGAACUACCCGGGUCUUGUUCUGAUGAUCUAAAGGUUUGUUCACUAUCAGUAAUGAACGAAAGUGAAGAACUUACAAUAGAAGAAGUGAAGUUGAUUUACACCAGAUUUGAGAAUCUCAUUGUGCUUGACUUGGCCGGUGUAGAACAUUCAGAAAGGAUUCCAGAAAAUAUAGGGGAUUUAGAGCAUCUCCAAGAGCCUCUUCAUUUAGGCUCCUAA